AUGAUGCUGUCCAGUGUGUUGCCGUUUGUUGUGCUCGUGUUUGUGACGUUGACAGAAUGUACACCCACUCAAGGUGUACUUGAAGCGUCUAAAAGUGCAGGCCUUCUUGGUGGUCUUCAGCGACACCUUGUACAGCCAGCUAUCCCGCAAGACUUCGUGCCGACUAAUCCAAGGCUAACCGGUGCUCGGUUCCGGACAAAGAUUGAUCACUUCAACCCACAGAACAGGGACACGUUUGAGUUUAGUUACUUCUCGAACGAUGAGUUUUACCGACCGGGUGGACCGAUUUUCAUUUUCGUCGGUGGAAACUUCGCUAUGACGACUUACUACAUCGAGCACGGUUUGCUGUACGAUACGGCCGCACGCGAUGGGGCUUGGUUGUUUACGAACGAGCAUCGCUACUAUGGAGCUAGCACGCCGGUGCCAAACUAUUCAACGGAGAACCUGCGCUUCCUUAAGUCGGAACAAGCACUUAUGGAUCUGAUCGAGUGGAUUGAUCAUCUGCGCAAUAACGUGGUGCGUGAUCCGAACGCUAAAGUGAUCUUGAUGGGCACCGGAUAUGCAGGCGCGCUGGCAACCUGGGCCCGCCAACGCUUCCCAAGCAUUAUCGAUGGUGCUUGGGGUGCAGGAGCAACCGUACUGGCAAGUUUCGAUUUCCAGGAGCAUGCAGCAGACAUUGGUCAAAUUAUCCGACGAUUCGGUGGUAACGAGUGUUACAAUCUACUGUGGGUCGCCUUCCGUACUGCGCAGUAUCUGAUCGAUGCAGGCAAGGAAGAUACGGUGACGACCCUCCUCAACACUUGUGAACCGAUCGAGCAAGGAAACCUGCUGGACGUCGAGACACUCUUCUUCCACCUGAAGCUGGCCAUCCAGGAAGCGAUGCUUGCCGUGCAAACCACGGAUAAGAUUCGUGAUGUUUGUGAAGCCAUGAUCAACAGUACGGAGGAAACGGCACUGCAUGAUCUUGCCGCCUGGUUGAACGAGUACUAUGCAAAUCUGAACUGCAAUCCAUUCGAUUUCGAUACGAACAUGGAAGCAGGUCUAGUACUGCAACCGGGUGCGCCGGAAAAUGCUAUCCUUGGAUUGCGUCAGACCCAGUAUCAAGCCUGUACCGAGUUCGGUUGGUUCCGGACGACCGAUCUGGACGAGCAGCCGUUUGGUGAUCGCGUGACGAUGCACUUCUUCCUGUCGGCUUGCCGGGCACUAUUCGGCGAGUGGGUAUCGGAUGCCGUUAUCUACGAAGGUGUGCGGUUGACGAACCUGCACUACGGCGGACAGGAUCCACGGUCGACGAAUGUACUGUUUACGAAUGGAGAGCUCGAUCCGAACCGUCUGGUGUCGAUCACGAGCUACACCAAUCCGCUGAGCUAUGCGUAUGUGGUGCCGAAUGAGUUCCUGUACUCGGAAAUCUAUUCCAUCGGCGAGGAAGACUCGAGCGAGUUGGCUAUCAUUAAGAAUAGCAUCCAGCAGUACAUUGCCCUGUGGCAGGGAUCAGGACUGGUACCGGUGUGA